UGCGAGCUGUCAUGCAUGGUCACUCUGAUUGGAGAACAGCUGAGAUCUGUUGUGCGCGUUAACUGCGAAUGGUCAGACGCCAUUGUGUACAAAAGUGUGUCGCAGUCGCCAAAUAAAAGAAAGAAAAAAACGUCCAAAUCUUUUAUAAAUUGCCCAAAAAAAAAAAGGUCGCGUCGUUGUUGCUGUUUAGACAUUUAUAGCUUCCAACGAAAUCGAACACAAGGAACAGACAAAAUGGGAAAUGAAACGUCGCUGCCGAUGGAAAUGUGCUCGAAUUUCGACGCGGAUGAGAUACGUCGACUGGGCAAACGUUUCCGCAAACUGGAUCUGGACAAUUCGGGUGCGUUGAGCGUGGAUGAGUUUAUGUCGCUGCCGGAACUGCAACAGAAUCCGCUCGUGCAGCGUGUCAUCGAUAUUUUCGAUGCGGACGGCAACGGCGAGGUGGACUUCAAGGAGUUCAUCCAGGGCGUCUCCCAGUUCAGCGUCAAGGGCGACAAGCUGUCCAAGCUGCGGUUCGCAUUUCGCAUCUACGACAUGGACAACGACGGCUACAUUUCAAACGGCGAACUCUUCCAGGUCUUGAAAAUGAUGGUGGGCAACAAUCUGAAAGACACGCAGCUGCAGCAAAUUGUGGACAAGACAAUCGGUUUCGCGGACAAGGACGAGGAUGGCAAAAUCUCCUUCGACGAGUUCUGCUCGGUUGUUGGCAACACGGACAUACACAAGAAGAUGGUUGUCGAUGUCUAAAACGGGCAAAACAACAACAACAACAACAACAAAUUGAAAUGAAAGUUUAGCUGAAGUUGCCACGGCAUAGGUUUACCUUUUUAUAUGCAUAAUGCAAAUCUUUUUCACUAGUUACUAUUUAUUAUUAUUUUUUAAAAAUGAUUAUUGUUUGUUUUUGGAAUUUUUCUCUCCCCAACUUAAUUGUUCAUAUUUGUGUAUUGUUAUUAAGCUGGGCGUUCAGAAUUUUUGAAUAUCACAAAAAAGAAAACACACAAAACAACAAAUACAAAAACAAUUUUUUGAAAGUUGUAUUUCUAAGUCGUAAAGUAAAAAUCAAACAAGAAAUGAAUAAUAUAAACAAAUGUAUUCAUAUACUAUAUAUAUAUAUAUGCAUAGGCAGUUAGAGCGAGAGAGAGCGAGAGAGAGAGAGCGAGAGAGAGAGCGAGAGAGAGAGAAUUGUGCGCCUCCUACUUACAUACUUCUUAAAUAUAUAUAUAGCCAUAAUUUAUUAUACAAGAAUUGAAACAAAGCAAAAACAAAUUCAAAAGCGAAAAUGCAAAAAUAAAGCAAACAAGUUGUGCGUUUA